AUGGCUGAUAUUAUAUACCAAAGUCUUGACAUAUCAAACCUCCCGGACGACAUCAGGGAUAAACUAGCGGAGUUGGAUUUAGAAUUGUCUGAAGGGGACAUCACACAAAAAGGAUAUGAGAAGAAACGCACUCGUCUUUUGGCACCAUACAUCGCCCAACAACAACAAUCGCAAGGUAAAUUAUUAAAGUAUUUAAUGCAAUUUUGUACCGCUAAUCUGUUGCCUGAACUAAUCAGUGUUAGACUCGAAUCUCCAGUACUUACAAUUCCAAGGUCGCAACGAAAUCGUUGUUGGGGUCAAGUGUCAAUUGGUCGACGUCGAUGGAUGCUGGACAUUGGCGAAUCUAUCGGCAUGCACUCUUCGCUCGCUCCGAUUUUCAAACUAGGGUCAAAUGAAGGGGCCAUCGUGAAUCUGUACGGAAAGAUAAUUUGA